AAAUUCAAAAACUAAGAAAGGAAAGAAAGAGAACAAUGACGUCGAGGGAAAAGGGGUGUCUAGGUUCAUCCUCCCAACGAAACGAGAGAAAAUUGUUCAUUACCCUCUCAAACACAAGGAAUCUUCAUUCCCAUCUUCGAUUCUUUUUUAUCUCUAACUAAGUUGAAUCAUUAUAAAUUUAUAUCCCAUCCCAUUAACUCAAAAAUAGUUGCAAAAUCCCCCUCUGAUUCUCAUUUUCGGUUCUCUUUUUCUCUCCCACCUUUUUACCUCUCCCAUUUCGUCCUUUUCCCUAAUUAAUCUCAAGCUUCGAAGCCUUGGUCUCCAUCUCAGAUGGCGUCCAUGGCGACUCGUUUCACCAAGACCCCAUCCCCAUUUCAUUCUAUUCAGAGAACUUCUUACACCCAUUUGGGCGCUCCGAUUAAGGUCUCCAUUGCUACCUCCAAGUCGAAGAAGACCCAUCUCCGGCUCCGGGUUUCUGCCGGUUUGAUCGAACCGGACGGCGGGAGGCUGGUGGAGCUUCUUGUUGAGGAGCCCCUGAGGGGUUUGAAGAAGAAGGAAGCCUUAUCCUUGCCAAGGAUCGAGCUUUCUAGCAUUGAUAUUCAAUGGGUUCAUGUUCUCAGCGAAGGAUGGGCCAGUCCUCUUACCGGAUUCAUGAGAGAAUCCGAGUUCCUCCAAACGCUUCAUUUUAAUUCCCUCAGGCUUCCAGAUGGGUCUGUGGCCAACAUGUCAGUGCCCAUUGUUCUGGCCAUUGACGAUGCUCAAAAGCACAGCAUCGGGGACUCCACCAGUGUGGCUCUCUUUGAUUCUAAGAACAACCCCAUCGCUGUUCUUAAGGAUAUUGAGAUCUACAAGCACCCUAAAGAAGAAAGGAUAGCUAGAACCUGGGGCACCACCGCCCCGGGGCUCCCUUAUGUUGAUCAAUCUAUAACCAAUGCUGGUAAUUGGCUGAUCGGAGGUGACUUAGAGGUUAUAGAGCCAAUCAAGUACCAUGAUGGCCUUGACCGUUUCCGACAGUCACCUGCAGAACUACGGGAGGAAUUUACCCGGCGAAAUGCAGAUGCAGUGUUUGCAUUCCAACUUCGAAACCCAGUACAUAACGGCCAUGCAUUACUAAUGACUGACACCCGCCGUCGACUGCUUGAGAUGGGAUACAAGAACCCCAUUUUGUUGCUUCAUCCUUUGGGUGGCUACACCAAGGCAGAUGAUGUUCCACUUAGUUGGCGAAUGAAACAACAUGAGAAGGUGCUCGAGGAUGGUGUUCUUGAUCCAGAAACAACAGUUGUUUCCAUAUUUCCAUCUCCAAUGCACUAUGCAGGGCCAACUGAGGUUCAGUGGCAUGCAAAGGCAAGAAUUAAUGCAGGAGCCAACUUUUACAUUGUUGGACGCGACCCAGCUGGAAUGGGUCAUCCUACUGAGAAAAGGGAUUUGUAUGAUGCGGACCACGGGAAGAAAGUGUUGAGCAUGGCACCUGGACUAGAGCGGCUAAACAUCCUUCCUUUCAGAGUUGCUGCUUAUGAUAAAACUCAGGGCAAGAUGGCCUUCUUCGACCCCUCUAGAGCUCAGGAUUUCCUUUUCAUAUCCGGCACCAAGAUGAGAACAUUAGCAAAGAACAAAGAGAAUCCGCCAGAAGGCUUUAUGUGCCCAGGUGGAUGGAAGGUGUUGGUUGAAUAUUAUGAUAGUUUGGUACCUGCAAGCAGUGGCAGACUUCCUGAACCUGAAGCUGUUCUGGCGUAGGCUUAGGGUGUUGUAUCACGGAAAAGUAUUUAAACUUUUGAAAAUACAGUGCCUGUGAUGAAUAAGAUCAUGAGGCGAUGGUACAGAAGCAUUGCAUGAUUUGCCUCUUUGUAAAUUAGAUGCAUUCACCGCAUCUUUGGGUUUGGUAUAACACAGCAUAUUGUUUAUUAGUGUGGCUUAUGUUCAAUUCUAUGAAAGAGAUGGGUUUGCUGAA